GUACCAGUCAGAGGGAGCGCGCUUGACUAAAGCACGCGCCAGGCAGUGAUGUGUCGCAGAUUUUUAAAACUCAGAAAGAGAACCUAAAAUACCGCUCAACUAUCUAAUACGUGCAUGUGAGUAAGUGAUAAAGACUCCGAGAAUAGAAACGGGUUGUAGAGUAGGCAAAAAACUUGUUUUAGCCGCUGCAGUGAGUUUUGGGGAUUUGGGGGGGAUUUUUCUUGGAAAGAACGAGAAACAUUUCGCGUUCCCUGUUUGAGCGUGCGACUAGCAGCCUAGGAGCGAUGGAACUGUCAUCUAUAGGCGAACAAGUGUUUGCAGUUGAAUCAAUAACCAAGAAGAGAGUCAGAAAGGGUAAUGUGGAAUACUUACUGAAGUGGCAGGGAUGGCCACCAAAGUACAGCACCUGGGAACCAGAGGACCACAUACUGGACCCACGCCUGGUGCUGGCUUAUGAAGAGAAGGAGGAGAAGGACCGAGCCCUGGCAUACCGCAGGAAAGGACUCAGACCACGGAGACUUGUCUUACGGAAUAUCUAUGCCAUGGACCUCCGUAGUGCACACAAAGUCCCAGAUACCCCUCGUCUGCGCCUCUCCCUUACCCGCUCCAUGGGCUCCGAGCUGGACCAGGGCAGUCUGCCAUWCAGGGCGGGGGAGGGAGGGAGCGUCUACCGCCGCCUGGCAAGACGCAAGAACAAGCAGAGGGUGUCCAAACCUGUGUCUGACAACAAUUCCCUUCAACCACUGACCCGCAUACAGGACCCCAUGGAGCAUGAAUGGCAAGGCGCAGAGGAGAGACCGGAAUCAGAGUUAACAACAGACACACGGCAUAGCCGGUCAGAGUGCAGCUCUCCCAUGAUGGAGCAGGAGGUGGAGUCGACGACUGACAGAGUGGAGAGUUGUGGUUCCGCACUGGGCUCUGGAGAUGAGACAUUGGGGGGUGGGGCCUUGUUGACGGUGACAGGGGCAGGGUACAGCUCAGACGGUGGGACCUCUGAAACUGGACAGGAACAAAUGGAUAGGACUGACCAAUCAGAGAGCUGUGUUUCUGCAGAGGGACCAAAAUACCUUAACAUUAGCAAUAGGUUAGUGGACAGUGCCACAGAAGUGGAAUUGGGGACAGAUACCUUGAUUGACAAGGUAGAAAGGUUAGGCACAGCUAAUGCUAUUGAGAGGGUAGAGGGGUUGGGGACAGAUUAUUUUAUUGACAGGGUAGAGGAGAUGGGGACACAUAUUCUGAUUGACAGGGAUAGCACUUCAGUGGUGGAUGUUGGAGAUGAAACCGUGUCUGAUGGUUCAGUGGUCUGUACCGAUGUUGAGGUUGCAGAGGAAGUGGUGGAGAAUGACACAAAACAGCAAGGUGAAGAGGUUGUGACACAGUGUCCAGACAGUAGUGGCACAGAAGUGAAUCCUGGCAAAGUGAUUGUGACCGAUGUGACUAUCAACUCUUUGACCGUAACUUUCAAAGAGGCCUUGGCAGCUGAAGGGUUUUUUAAGGGCUGAAUGACAAGAGUUCUGAGAGAGGAUUAGAGAACAUGUGAGGUUAUACAUGAAAUGCAGCCCAUAUGUUGAGUUUACCACUUAGGAACAUGUUUAGAUAAACAACCACAAUAUAAUUUGUCAUUAAAGAUGCUUACAAAGCCUAUGAGAGUAAAUUGAUACCAAUUACUAGGGUUUUGGUGAGGUAUUGUACCUUAGAGAAUUGGGUGGUAAUUUUCACAUUGUGUUUGGUUCUGGAAAGAAGAUUAGUAAGAGGAUGAGGAAAGAUGGAUGAGGGAGAGAGCAGUUGACUCCUGAAUGUCAUAUUUAUAACAUUACUACUCCAACAUCUCUUAUUCCAGGAGGCUCAUUUCGGUUGCUCUUUUUUCUAACGCUUUUGUAUUAAGUCGUCUGUCUUCCUCAGUAUUAACAGUAAGUUCUGCAUGUCCCGUAUGUCAUGCACACCCUUGUCCUCCAUUCGAUUUUUUUGUUUGAUUUCUAUAACAAGGAAAUAGAAAGGAGAAGGAAUGCCUGGAGGGAUAGAAGUUUAAGCAUUUCAAGAUGAAGGCUGGCUGCGUUGAGUAUUGUUGUUUUUAUUUUACUUCUCAAAUUGAAAGAGCCUACCUGAUUCUAUUUUUGUAUUACCAUUUGAUAG